AUGGUGGCCCGGCACCACCAUCGACGGCUCCUUCAUCACCGAGGCCACGUCGUCGCGCGGGUGCGCGGCGCAAAGCGCAAGUGGGCAAACGCCUCCUUCCUCGCCUCGCGGCUCGCCGAGUUCAACACGGGCUUCGACUUCAUCACCGGCUCCUGCGGCGGCCACGCCUUCUCGUUCGGGCUCGGGACGACGCUGCGCCGUUGCGAGGAGUUCUCAAUCAAGCCGCACUACUCGAGCGCCAAGUUUGAGGCGGGGUCUCCCGCCACCCGCAUCUCCGCACGUAUCGUGGGCCAGUCCUUCUCUGCCACCACACUGCGCGAGGGCAAGCGCGACGCCUACCCCGGCAGCAACGCUGGUCGGUUCAAGACGAGUGCCAUGGCCGAGGGCGCGAUCGAAGGCGUCAAGCGCAGACAACGCGGCACGAGGAUUCUCUCACGGCUGCUGAGCGGCACCCACCCCUGCGCACGCUGCUCGUGCGACGCCGGCACCGAGGUGUGGGAGGGCCAGCUGGUGUGCGCAGAGUGCGGGUGGGUCCUUGAGACGGUGACCGACGACUGUGUGGCCGGCACCCAGCGCGUGCUCGACGAACGCGGCUGGCACCUGGUCGAGGAGCGCGUGCGCGAGAUGGGGGCGGCGCUCCGCCUGGACGACGAUUCCGUGCAGAUGGCCAGCGCUCUGGUCAAGUCGGCGCUGGGCACGCCGCCGGAUCGCAAGGGGAGCGCCGCGCUCGAGGAGCACGCGCCUUGCUGCCUGCUGCUCGCCUCGCGCCGCUGCCGCUCGGCGUCGGUGCUGACGCUGCGCGACGUCGUGCUGCACUCGCGAAUUCCGCCGCUGCGGGUGACGCGGUGCUGGCUGCGGCUCCUCGGCAAGCUCGCUGCCGAGCAGCAGCGACUCGACUCGGCCUCGCCCUCCUCCUCCGCCGACGGCUCCACCGAGCGGCGCAGCUUUGCACUCGACACGCGAGCGCUGCUGGAGCGGGACUGCGACACGCUGCACCGGGCGGCGGAGGUGGCCGAGCUCGGCGGCUACGCGGGCACGAUGGCUCCGCGCGGGCCAGGCCGCCUCCUCGCGGGCCGGCUGCUCGAGCUGGCCUCGGCGGAGUGGCUGCUCGAGGGGCGGCAGCCGGAGACGAGCUGUGGGGCGGUGGCGCUGGUCGCGCUGGGCGCCGCCGCGCCCUCCAAGCCGUCCGGCCGCGGCGAGGGCGGCGAGGGGCGCCUCAUCGCCGCCGUGUGCAGCGCCCUCCGCCUCUCCCAGACGCAGGUCAAGCUGCGGGCGGCGGAGCUGCGCUCGGUGGCGGUCAGCCUCGCCCGCAGCCUGCCCGGCCGAGCCCGCCUGUCGGAGAGGGAGGUGCUGCGCAGCCUUUCGAGCGCGCUCGACGAGGCGAGCUUGCAGCGCGCCGCUGCGGCCGCGGAGGCGAGCGGCGAGGGCGGCGGCGGCGGCGACGGCGGCGACAAGGGAGGCGGCGGCGAGGGAGGCGGCGGCGAGGGAGGCGGCGGCGAGGGAGGCGGCGGCGAGGGAGGCGGCGGGGCGCCUCCGUCCGGCCCCCCCUCUUUCGCGGCGAACGCCGCGCGGCGCGAUCGGCUUCGGGGGAAGCUGGCCGCGGCCAAGGAGCGGAUCGCGGCCGGCGGCGGUGCGAGGUGCGAUCUCGACGGCGAGGAUGUCCAGCUGGAGCGGUCUCUGCGGCACGGUGUGUCGGAGGAGGCGCUCGAGCAAGGCUUCUUCUCGAGCGGCUUCUUCUGCAGCGCGGGCGCGGCCGACGACGCCGAGGCGGCGGGGGGCAGCGACGAGGAGGGAGCGGGUGUUGGGCCGUACUUGAUCCGCGACGCGGCAGAGGUUGCCGCGAAGACGCGCGCUUGGGAGGAGAUGCACGGCAAGCACGUCGAGGCGCAGGCGGUCAGAGAGGUGAAGAGGCAGCGGCUCGCAAGCAAGCCGACGGAGAGCUGUUCGGUCGCCGGCCUAACCCUCCUCCCCGGCUCCCGUCUGCAGCUGCCGACGGAGUGGACGUGGAGCGGUACGUGA